UGUUUUUCAUGAAAUAUGAUAAUAAAUGAAUGUUGCGUGAACUGUAUAAAUAGUGUGGCGCGCAGCCGUGUGUCGUCUUGGCUCUCAGCGCGUCGCGCGCCCCCCGCCCCCAAACCGAAUACGAGAGUGCGCGCGAGAAAUGCACCGCGAGACAUACACCAAACAUCCCCAAUAAAUCCCACCGACGCCACGCGCACGGGAAAAAGGGCACUGAAGAAACAGCAGACGUUUGAGAAAGGAGCGACAGGAAAGGCGACCGCCGACGAGGUCAGAGGCAAAAUGGGAGGGAAGUUAAGCAAAAAGAAGAAGGGAUGCAAUGUGAACAACGAGAAGGCAAAAGAGAAGGACGCCAAGACAGAGGGAGCGUCGGCGGAGGAGAGCGAAGCUCCAAAAGACAAGGAGGAAGCGCCCACCACCACAGAGACGACUAAUGACACAGCAGCAGCCGGCAAAGAAGCCACGCCCGGUGCUGAUAGUAAUUCCACUACACCCAAGGAGGAGGAGAAAAGCUCUGCCCCUCCGAAAAAGGAGGAGCCUGCAGCUAAUGCUAAUGCUCCUAAAGCCUCUGAAUCCAAGACCAGCGAGGCCGCCAAAGCUGAGCCCGCCAAGAGCCCCGAUGCCCCACCUGAUAAAGCGGAGGAAAAAUCCACCUCCUCAGCUCCAGCAAAUGAGAAAGAGCCUGCAAAAGACCCCACCCCUGCUGCAAAAGAUCCCGCCCCUCCUGUAGCCACAGUGACGGAGAGCAAGGCUGACUCUGAGUCUAAAAAGACUGAGGCUCCGCCUACAAAGGAAUCCACCCCUGCAGAGCCAAUCACCACGGAGGCAAGCCCCGCCCCCAAAAAGGAGCAAGCAGUUGCUGUGCAGGAUUAACAGCUGGAACAGUGAAUGACAAGAUUAAUGAUGGAAUGAAAACAAAUCUAAUUAAUAAAACUUGCCUGCCCAUUUUCAAUUAUAUCAGUAAUUAUAAUAUUGAUAAUGAUGAUAGAAGAAACAAUAACAGUAAUUAUUAUAUCAGGCUGGACUUUGAUCAUCGUUUUGGCGAUAAACAUGAUCAUGGUGAAUAAGACUGAUGAUAGUUAUGAUAAAAAAGAUGAUAUUAUCUUUAAUAUCCAAUUGAACUUUGAUACAAACCACCAGCCCCAAACGCUUUCUCUCUCUUUCUCUUCUUAUCUUUCUUUCUACCUCCAUUUAAUAAGGGGUGGACUAAAAACAUGGAAUCUGUUCAUUGUCCUACUCUGAUUCUCACUUCCCUCCAUUUGAGUGUGAUGUGAUGGCAGUGGGUGGGGUUAACAUAUAUAUGUGUAUGUGUGUGUGUGUGUGUGUGUGUGUGUAUGGUAGUAAUAUUAGUAAUCCAGCAUCCCUGGUACAUACUUCAUAUUUCCUGUUUGCUGCUUUCUUGUUUGUUUGUGAUUGGCAUUGUGUCUUUGCUCAACCCCUGAUUUUCUGAUUUCCUUUGAUUCUCUCUCUCUCUCUCUCUCUCUCUCUCUUAAUCACAUAUCAAUAGAAAUAAAAUCAGUGUACAGCACAUUGAUCAUACAUACUCACAGGGUCCAAAAUUAACACUCGCCAAGUGCCAAAUGAGAGUACAAAUUAGCUUUUGCUAGUAAAAAAAAACUGAAUGACUCUAUAGUAAGGCUGAUAAAUCUACGAGAAACAUAAUAAAUGCAUGUUUCUUUAUCAAAAUGUAGGAAUGAUAAUCUGACCCUUGUUGUUGAUUUACGUCAUGUAAGCAAAUCAAAUACAUACAAAAUGUCAACUAAAGGAAAGUGAUAGUUUAAGUGUGUAUGUGUGUGUGUAGGGAUUGGGGAGUAUGAAGUGAAUGUGUGUGUGUUGUAAGAAGUCAUGCAUGGUAUGAGCAUGCAUUUUGUGAAAGUUUUUGCGUGUUUGUGUGUGUGUUAAUGGAGUUCUGGUCUUUCUGUACUUUGAAAGCAGCAGUUUUCAUGAUGUCAGAGAGAGAUGGAAAAAGAGAGAGAGAGAGAGAGAGAUAGAUAGAGAGAUAGAGAGUCCAGACCUCUAAACUCACCAAACAAGACACACUUCACACACUCACCACUCUCGUUGUGAGGGCUGUGUGUAUCUGUGUGUGUAAGAAUGUGUGUGUGUGUGUGUUUGCAUGUCAGUGGUUGGCCCUAUUGUUGUGUAUUUUUGGUUGCUGUGGAGAUAAUGUUGCUACAGGUGAUAUAUUUCAUUUGAAUUAACACGUGCUCUAUCUCUUCUCUGUUUGUUUCUCUCUCAUUCCUUUUCUCUAUUCAAACCUUUUCCAAAACUCCCUGGUAAAGUAAAAAAAAAUUAAAUUAAUAAAAUGGAAGAACUGAGAUAUAUGUACUUGUAUACAUGGAGCAACAUAAAUAAAAUGAAAGAAACAGAUUGAAAAUCAGUUCACACGUCUUGAUUUUAUAAGUGUGUGUGUUUCAAUGGAUUAAAGAGAAAAUCACAAAGCA